CUUAAUGAAUUCCCCGCUUCCGUUUCGAGUUGCUAACGAUCUUCUUCUCCAUGAAACUCCAUCAAAAUUCCUCUCCCGCCUUCAAUUGUUGCAGCUCCACUCACUACUCAUCACAUCGGGCCUCCAAUUCGCCGCCCCUUCAGCAGCCCUCUCGCUCCUCAACCUCUACCUCUCAAAUCCGGCGACUCUCCCCCAGGAGGCCGCCGCUGUUUUCCGCCAAGUUCGAGACCCCGCCAAAUGGAAUCUCAUGAUCCGACACGCUUCAGCCAACGCUCCUCUAAAGGCGCUGUCUCUGUUCAGAGAAAUACGAGCUGCUGUUAAUGGCGGAACUGAUCCUUUCAUUUGUGCUUCUUCGAUUAAAGCUUGUAAUAAGGCUCGGGCCAUCCGGGAAGGUAAAUCGGUGCACUGUCAUGUGAUUAGGUUUGGACUCGAUUGGAAUGUGAAUGUUCUAAACAGUCUCGUUAGCUUUUACAUGAGCUCUGCGGAUUUGUUGAGUUAUGCAGUCAUGGUGUUCGAUAAAAUGCCUGAGAGAACUGUUGUGAGUUUUAACACUAUCAUAUCCGGGCAUCUUCGGAGCGGGAAUUUUGAUGCGAGUUUAAAGUUUUUUAGGGGAAUGUUGAACGGUUCUUUUGGUUUGAUUAUGAAGCCUAAUUAUGUUACUUUUGUGGUUUUGAUAUCAGCUUGUGUUGAAUUUAGGGAAGGAAGAACUGGAAUUUCUCUACAUUGUUUUUGUUUUAAAACUGGAUUGGAUUGUAAUAGUGAAGUAAGCAAUGCCCUUAUUGAUUUGUAUGCGAAACUUCGACGCAUUGAUGAUGCUGAAAGGGUGUUGGAAGAUAUGCCGGAGAAAGAUUUGAUUUCGUGGAAUUCAAUGCUUUGGGGAUAUGCGAAUAGCAAUGAUGUUUCUUGCACAUUCUCAUUUUUUACAAAAAUGAGGGGUGAGGGCAUUCGGAUUGACAGAGUAUCGAUCAGUUGUGUGGUGUCCGUCUGUGAAGAAAUUUCUGUCGGGAGGAUGAUCCACGGUUAUGUAAAAGCUAUCGGGAUGGAGUCUGAUGUUUCUGUCGGAACUUCAUUGAUUGAUAUGUAUGCGAAAUGCAGGGAGGUGGAGUCUGCGAGGAAGCUUUUUGACGAACUACCGAAGGAAGAUAUUGAACAUUGGAAUGCUAUGAUACAUGUCUAUAUCGAACAUGGAUUUGCGCAGAAAGCAUUGGAGCUUCUUGAUCAGAUGAAAGUCCGAGGUUUGGAAUUCGAUGAGGUCACUCUUUUGGGAUUGGUUAUGGCCUGUCGCGAUACGGGGCAACUGCAUCGGGGUAUUAUCGCGCAUUCUAUUGUGGAGAAAGAUGCGAUUUUUAAAAAAAGUGUAGUUUUGGGGAAUGCUCUUAUCGACAUGUAUGCGAAAUGCGGGAGCUUAGAAAGAGCUAGAGCUGUUUUCGACGGAAUGCCCCAGAGAGACAUCGUUUCAUGGACGUCGAUGAUUGUGGGUUACGCCGUAAACGGAGAAGGAAAGAAAUCGCUCGCUACUUUCGAGCAGAUGCGCGCCGAGAAACUUCCUCCCAAUUCCGUUACCUUCGUCGGUGUUCUAUUGGCUUGCGAUCACGCCGGUCUGAUAGAUGAAGGCAUAAGAUUGUACGAAACUAUGUCGGAAGUGUACCGUAUCGAGCCACAGAUCGAGCAUUGCGGUUGCAUCGUCGACAUGCUUGCGAGAGGCGGAAGAAUCGAGGAGGCUCGGAGAUUUGUUAAGAACAUGCCGGUGGCACCGAAUGCGCUGAUUUGGCGAAUCUUGGUCAGUGGUUGUAGGGUGCACGGCCGCGUCGACAGCGGAUUGAAUCUUGUCACCGGAUUAUCGGAGCUUGAUUUCUCCUCCGGCGAGUUUGAGUCUGAGUCUGCUGAUUUUGUAGCUUCGUCGAAUAUGUAUGCCGAAGCUGGAAGAUGGGGCGACGUGCUUGAUCAGAGAAGCUACAUGGCUGAUCGGCGGGCUUACAAAGCCGCCGGAAAAAGUUCCCUUUUAUUGCCUGAAUGAAUAAGAUGUUCUUAAGGAUCAGUUCUGGCAUUGCCUUGUCUACACUGUCGUAAUCUAUGGUGUUCGAAUAGUUAAGAAGAUUGAAUAUUGGACUAAUAAAUUAUGUUGGAGCUUUUGUUCAACAAAGUCAAGAUGGCCGAGCGGUCUAAGGCGCCAGUUUCAGGUACUGGUCCGAAAGGGCGUGGGUUCAAAUCCCACUCUUGACAUUUCUUUUUUAAUUCUGGUGUGUUUCAGGUUUUCGGGAAUCAAAGACAGGUAAUGAUCCACGAUUUGAUCGAUCUUCCCACCUGCUUCCACUGUAACCCUAAA